AUGGUGCUGAAAGUAUAUGGUCAUAGAAUUUCUGAACCAUCUCGUGCAGUUCUCAUCUUCUGCAAGAUAAACAGGAUAGAUUUUGAGGAAAUUCAAGUGGAGGUCUUGAAAGGCCAGCAUUUCUCCCCUGAAUAUAGAGCAAUAUUAAGUCCCAUGCGCCAAAUUCCAGCAAUAGUUGAUGGACAUUUGAAGCUGUUUGAAAGUCACGCCAUUCUUAUCCAUUUAUCUUCUUCGUUUCCUGGAGUGGCUAGUCACUGGUAUCCUGUUGAUCCAUCCAAAAGAGCUAAGAUCCAUUCCAUUUUAGAUUGGCAUCAUUCAUAUCUUCGACGUGGUGCAGCUGGACUUGUAUCCAACAGUAUCCUGUUACCACUAAAUGGCAUCCCUUCAAACCCUAAUAUAGUCAUUCAAGCUGAAGAGAUACUCUUGAGAUCUUUGUCUAAGUUAGAAAAUGUUUGGUUAAAAGAUGAAAGGUUUUUGGGUGGAAACACUCAACCAUCAAUUGCGGAUCUCAGUUUAGCAUGUGAAGUCAUGCAACUUGAGCUUUUGAGUGACGAGGAUUACCAUCGGAUAUUAAGCCCUUACAAGAAAGUGAAAAAGUGGAUUGAAGACGUUAGGAGUGCAACUAAACCUUAUUUUGAUGAAAUUCAUGAGUAUCUUUUUGAAUCCCAAAAAGGAAUUCGAGAGAAAAUGGCAACACAAUCGGGGAAAAAGAAAGUAAGGGCCAAGAUCUGAGAUCACUUAAUUGACCUUAUUCAUUCAAUAAAACUUUUCAAGAUUAUGUAACCAUCAUUAAAAUUUUAAUUACCUACAUUAAACACAAACGCAUACAUCUUAGAUGCUUCAGCUACAUGGUAGAGCGGUAUUUUACAUCGUGUAGACUUUCAAAUUUUUUUUUUUUUAAUAUAUAUAUCUUCCAUG